ACUUGUGCUUCACGUUGGGAGUUCUGCUGGGGUUUGAGAUUAUCUGGUGAGGAGAGCAAUAAAGAAGAUACACAGGACAUGGCAACCAGCUCUUCCUCCCAAAGAAUUGGAGUUGUAGGCUACGGACACCUCGGGCAGUACCUGGUGGAGAGGAUCCUUAAAGAUGGAGCUGGUCUCGGUCUAACGCUGGCUUUCGUUUGGAACAGAAAUUCUGACAAGCUCAAAGGUGUAGUUCCUGAUGACCUCAUCCUUUGUGACCUGUCAUCCUUUGAAAACAGGCGAUGUGAUGUUAUUAUCGAGGUGUGUCAUCCACAGAUAGUGAAAGAAUUUGGCUUUCACUUCCUCUCUCAGUCCCAUUUCAUGGUGGGCUCUCCCUCUGCCCUCUCUGAUCCUGGUCUGAACCAGAAGCUGCAUCAGGCGGCUCAGCAGUACGGUAGGACACUCUACAUCCCCAGUGGUGCAUUGUGGGGAGGCCAGGACAUCCAGAGGCUGAAUGACAGUGGAGCCUUGAAGGCUUUGUUUAUAAGAAUGUCCAAGCAUCCAUCCUGCUUCCGGCUGACCGGAGACGUCCUCUCUGAUUGGACGGAGGAGGAGGGCCGGCGUGUUUUAUUCAGAGGCUCAGUGGCAGAGUUGUGCCCACUUGCUCCCAACAACGUUAACACCAUGGCAGCCGCAGCAGUGGCAGCAGGAGCACUUGGCUUUAUGGGCGUUCAGGGAGAGAUCGUGUCUGACACAGCGUUAAGGGACUACCAUGUGGUUGAGGUGGAGGUGACUGGGCCCGGUGGCUUCACAGUGCACACAGUGAGGAGGAAUCCCGCCAGACUCGGAGCUGUGACCGGCAGUGCAACAUACAACUCCUUCUGGAAUAGUUUACUAGUUUGCAAAGGUCACGGGGGCCGAGUUUAUUUGUGCUGAAGCGGAGGACAACUCUGCAGGACUCACCGCGACGCAGCAAGAAGAUCGAGAUGAAUCGGUGUGGACGGUGCCACUGGAGCCGGAUGUUACUGAGAACUUGAAAACCCACAGAACCUUGAAUGUGUGUUCCAAUAAACGGCAUGCAAACAAAGAACAA